CCGGAUCAAAUGUAAAAUUAAAAUGUCAAUUUGUAAUAGAUUCCUUUUGGCAGUUUUGGUCACUAGCAUAGGUUCGGGAUUUCACCAGGGUUAUCACAGUGGGGUCCUCAAUGUUCCGGCAAAAGUUCUCCAGAAAUGGAUUACCCACAUCAAAAUCGAGGAAGAAAAAGCGGAAGAGCCAAAACGGAGAGAACUCUCCUUGCUUUGGUCCACGACAGUGGCGAGUUACUCAAUCGGAGGCAUAAUCGGGUCCUUCAUGAUUGGCAUCUUCGCCGAUAGCCUGGGGCGAAAGCAAAGCCUCCAGUACAACAAUUCCAUGGUUUUCGCCGCUGCCGCGGUUAUGUUUUUUUCAAAAAAGGCCAAGUCGUACAUUAUGCUAAUCAUGGGCCGAUUUAUAGCCGGAAUCAACUCCGGGCUAAACAUGGGUCUGUGCCCCAUAUACCUCAUCGAAAUUGCCCCGGAUCGAAUCCGGGGAGCCAUCGGUAGUCUCUACCAAGUUGUUAUUACUUGUUCCAUUGUAGUGUCGCAAAUUGCCGGCGUUCUCCUCGGAAGUGAAGAGAGCUGGCCAUACCUGUUCCUACUACCGAUCAUUCCAGCCUUGUUCCAACUCGCGUUACUGCCAUUCUGCCCCGAAUCGCCAAAAUUUUUAAUCACCCGGUUGAAAGAUAGGAAAGCUCACAGAGCACUGAUGCUGUUGCGGAGCCAACAGGACGUCGUGGACGAGUUCGAACAGAUGAAGGAAGAGGAUAGUCUGGCGAAACAACUGCGUGGUUUCACUCUGACUCAGAUUUUCAAAAAUCCGGUCAUGUCCAACGUUUUGAUUUGCUGUUGUAUUAUAAAUGUGGCCAACCAACUGUCUGGCAAAAAUGCCCUCACGUAUUUUUCUGUUCAACUACUGGAAAAUCUCAACAUGGCCUCAAGUGCGGUGUCUAUAACUAUUGGAAUGAGUAUUUUGUCCGCGAUUGUCGCACUAGGGAUUGUUUUCAUUAUUGAAUAUUACGGCCGGCGGCUACUCAUGGAGAUUAGUCUGAUUGGAAUAAUUCUGUCAACAUUUUCUCUCUUCAUUUCUCUUUAUUUUAGGGUCGCUUUCCUGGAGAACCUGAAGUACCUGUCUGUUUGUUUCGUGUGUUUAUUUUAUGUAUUUUUUUCAAUCGGACUUGGUCCGAUUCCCUUGUUCUUCACACCCGAGUUGUUCUCCAAUUCAAACCGCACCGUCGCCACGUGUUUGGCAUCGGUGAGCAACUGGGCAGCGAGUUUCGUCCUGGGACAAGCGUUCCUAAGCCUCGAUAACGAAAUCGACUUUUACGACUGCUUGGUUUUCCUGUUCUUGGACAUUUUUUUCUUCUUCUACAUCCGCCUCCGCAUGCCCGAAACCGCGAAACUGAGUUCAAUCCAAAUACUCAAAAUGUACAACAUUGAGGAAUAAACUGUAACUAGAA